CGACUCCCGCUUGUGCUUGUGUGACUCGCGCCGCUCCGUGCACCGCACUCGUGCUCCGAACACGACGCGUGCCGCCCUACCGUGGCCGCAAACGCGACCUCUCCGCUCCCGGCGAAUCGUUUCUCCCAAUUUACGUGCGACUUGCUAUGAUUUGACUUUUGGACGUUUACCCGCUCCCUUACCCGGCUUGUUUAUCCCUCAUCAUAGUUGAGCCCCGCACCGCACCACCGCACCGGCUUGCUCGCUGACCGCCGAGCCGCUAAUCUAGCUUUUUUCGCGCCCCACCGUCGCCCGCCCAGUUCCGCACCGGCCGCCGCCGCAAUGCUCGCGCACCAAGCACCGCUCCUCUACUAAACUCGACGUCGACCCGCUCGCGUGUGAUAAAUACUAGCACUCGCUCCUCCGAGUGAGCCCCUACGUCGGUUUCCCCGAUUCCAACUUAAUAUUUCCUCGAUAUCCGCUCCCGCUGCGGAUCCGCGUGUGUGCAAGUGUAUCGCAUCGGCCUUCGCCAGUGGUCGUCGGGUCUCUCGCAAAGUGUAGGAAGUGCAUGCCCGGAGCGCGGCCCCGCGCUCGCCCCCCGCCGCCUAUGCGCCGCACCCGCUCAGCGUAACUGCGCGCGCGUCCCCCGCUUCUGACUGUAGUGAUAACGAUGGCGACCAUGGUGAAUAUGAAUAGCCUCCUGAACGGCAAAGACUCGCGCUGGCUGCAGCUGGAAGUGUGUCGGGAGUUUCAGCGGAACAAGUGCUCGCGGCCCGACACCGAGUGCAAGUUCGCGCACCCGCCCGCCACCGUCGAGGUGCAGAACGGCAGAGUCACCGCCUGCUACGAUAGUAUCAAGGGUCGGUGUAACCGGGAGAAGCCCCCGUGCAAGUACUUCCAUCCGCCGCAACACUUAAAAGACCAGCUCCUAAUCAACGGUAGAAAUCACCUAGCACUGAAGAACGCCUUAAUGCAGCAGAUGGGCCUGACACCGGGCCAGGUGCUGCCUGGCCAGGUCCCCACAGUGGUGGGCGGCGUGAGCGGAGCGGGCGCUGCGAGCCACCUCGCCGCGCUGGAUCCCAUCAGCCUCGCCCUGCUCGCCCCGCAGGCGACGUCGCCGUACCUAUCGGGCGUGCCGGGCGUGGGCUCGACGUACGCGCAGUACUACGCGCCGCAGCUCGUGCCGGCCAUGCUGGGCCACGAGCACGCCGCCGCCGCCGCCUCGCCGCUCGGCGUCAUGCAGCAGCCCGUGCUGCAGCAGAAGCUGCCGCGCACCGACCGCCUCGAGACGGCCGCCGCAGCCCAGCAGCCGGCAGCGAGCGCGACUUCGGAGCCGGGCAAGAAACGUCCGGCGCCCGCCGAGCUCGAGCCGCCACCGAUGGACAUGAAGAGCGUCGGCUCCUUCUACUACGAUAACUUCGCCUUCCCCGGUGUGAUGCCGUACAAACGACCCGCCGCCGACAAAGCCGGCAUGCCCGUCUACCAGCCGGCAACCACAUACCAGCAACUGAUGCAGCUGCAGCAGCCGUUCGUGCCCGUGUCAUGUGAGUACCCCGCGCCCGCCUCGUCCGCCCCGCCGACCGCGGCGCUGCCGGCCACGAGCGCCCCGUCCGCCGCGCCGGCCGCGCCGCAGCCCCCCGCGCCGCCCGCCCAGCCCGCGCAGCCCGCCGCGCCGCCCCCGCAGCCCGCCACGCCGCCCGCGCCGCAGUUGCCGGACGCGCCCACCCCGGACUCGGCCGCCAUGGCUAAGGAGGUCGCCCAGAAGCACUAUGCCGCCGCGCUCGCUCUCGCGGCGCAGCACUCGGCCAUGGCGGCGGCCGCGUACACGCAGCAGGCGUACAAGGCGCGUGCCGCCGCCGUCCCGGGCCUGAUGCGCGCGCCGCUCAUGAUGCGGCCGGGGUGGCCGGGGCAGCCGAUGCCCAUGCAGAUGCAGGCGUUCUACCAGCAGCCCUACAUGUACGCGAUGCCCCCGCCGACGCAGCAGUCGGCGGCAGCGGCGGCGGCGGCUGCGGCGGCGGCGGCCGCGGUCAACCCGUACAAAAAGAUGAAGACGACCUAAGGCGGUGCGCAGGUGGCCGCGGCCGGCGGGGCGCGGGACGCGGGGUCUCCGCGUAGAGACUCGUACGUGUGAAAGUGUGUGGCCCCGGCCUGUCGGGGCAUUAGCGCUAGGCGUGUUGUCACAUUUGUAUUGUAUUAUUGUAAGGACGAAGCGAGCGGUUCCCGUCUCGCGGAUGUCUCGGUAGUUUUACGCUAUGACUUAUCUAUUGUGUAUCUAUUCACUCGUCGUUAUGAUCUUGUGCGUGUAUAUUUCUCUUAUCUAUACGAUCCCGGUAAUAAUAACGCUUAAAAAUGCAUGA